CUGGGACAGGGACAUAAUAAAGGAUCGGGACCCGUGGUCCCAACCUACACUCAGAUCCUGCACAGGCAUCUGAAGGCUUCUCUUCACAGGAGUGUCAGCAGGUUUUCUUAGUAGUGAGUUGCAUGGAAAGGCUGCACAGUUUGAAGCCAGAUAAGGCCCUUUUAUUUGUCCCCAGAGGCUGGAUUGGCUUCCCAAGGAUGAUAUGGGGAAUCGUAAGUCAUGUUCUUUCCUUUGACUUCCCAGCUCCUGUGGUCUCCGAUUCCAGGAUUAAGAUGAAAGCUUCUGGUGUUGCCUUUGGUCUUCUCUCUAUUGUAUUUCAUCUCCUCUGGGCUUCUUCAUCUGGGCUCAAGACUCUCCAUUUGGGAAGCUGUGUGAUCGUCACAAACCUCCAGGAGAUACAAAGUGAAUUUUCUGAGAUUCGGGACCGUGUGCAAGUCAAUGAUAAGAACACUGAUUUCAGAAUCUUAAGGAGCACUGCAUCUUUGCAAGACACAAGGCCUUCAGAUCGCUGUUGCCUCCUUCGCCAUUUACUGAGACUCUAUCUGGACAGAGUAUUCAAAAACUACCAGACCUCUGAUCAUCACACACUCCAGAAGAUCAGCAGUCUAGCGAAUUCCUUUCUUACUAUCAAAAAGGACCUCCAGCUCUGUCAUAUGUACAUGACAUGCCAUUGUGGAGAGGAAGCAGCGGAGAACUACAGGCAGAUUCUGAAUCACUUUGAACAGCUUGAGCCACAGGCAGCAGCAGUGAAAGUUUUGGGGGAACUGGACAUUCUCUUGCGAUGGAUGGAGGACACAGCAUAGGAGGAAAGUGAGGCUGCUGAGUAUGCUCCUGACCAAGCAUCCCAACCCUCAGUAUCACAGACACAUGACUGA